AUUCCAAAGGAAGCUGGGCAGCUUGCCUCAUUCUCAGAUCAAAGGAACUCAAACACUGAGAGAAUUGGACCUGAGUGACAAUUCACUGUGGCAUUUGGGAGUGAAGAGGCUCAGUGUGGGACUGAGAAGUCCAGACUGUAAACUGGAAAGACUCAGGCUGGCUGACUGCAGGUUAGUAGAUGGCUGUGCUGAUCUGAUUAAAGCUCUGAAAGAAAACCCCUCACGCCUGAUAGAACUGAACCUGAACAACAAUAAUCCAAGAGAUUCAGCAGUGAAGGAGCUCUGUGAUCUACUGAAGAAGAAAGAGUGUAGACUGGAGAAACUGGAGCUGGCUAGCUGCAGGAUUUUAGAUGAAGACUGUGCUGCUCUGGUUGAAGCUCUGAAAGAAAACCCAACACAGCUGAAAGAGCUGAACCUGAAUGAGAAUAAUCUACGAGAUUCAGGAGUGAAGAAGCUCUGUGAGCUACUGAAGAAGAAAGAGUGUAAACUGGAGAAACUACAGUGAGUUACUGACUUACUGU